UCCGCCCAGCCCCGCCCCGCACGGCCAGGCGAAGCUGAGCCGGCCGUGCGGUGUGUGUGUGUGUCUGUGUCCGUGUGUGUGUGUGUGUGCGCGCGCGUGUGUGUAUGUGUUCGCGGGGCACACUCUCUGCCCCGGGAAGAUGGUGGCGGCGGCGGCGGCGACUGAGGCGAAGCUGAAGAGGAGGACGGCGGAGACUACAGCGCCCGCGAGCAGGAACGACAGGCGGCGCCAGGACUGGGACACAACUGGGGCCGGGAGGCCGGGGCUGGGGGCCGGGCUGCGCCUCUCGCGGUGGCUGCUGCUGCUGCUGCUCCCGCCGCUGCUGCUGCUUCCCUGGGUGGCUGAGGCCGCGGCGGCAGCGGCAGCGGUGUCGGGCUCAGCUGCAGCCGAGGCCAAGGAAUGUGACCGGCCUUGUGUCAACGGCGGCCGCUGCAACCCUGGCACCGGCCAGUGCGUCUGCCCCGCCGGCUGGGUGGGCGAGCAAUGCCAGCACUGCGGGGGCCGCUUCAGACUAACUGGAUCUUCUGGGUUUAUAACAGAUGGACCUGGAAAUUAUAAAUAUAAAACGAAGUGCACAUGGCUCAUUGAAGGACAGCCAAAUAGAAUAAUGAGACUUCGUUUCAAUCAUUUUGCUACAGAGUGUAGUUGGGACCAUUUAUAUGUUUAUGAUGGGGACUCAAUUUAUGCACCUCUAGUUGCUGCCUUUAGCGGCCUUAUCGUUCCUGAGAGAGACAGCAACGAGACUGUCCCAGAGGUCGUUGCCACAUCAGGUUAUGCCCUGCUGCAUUUUUUUAGCGAUGCUGCUUAUAAUUUGACUGGAUUUAAUAUCACUUACAAUUUUGACAUGUGUCCGAAUAAUUGCUCAGGCCGAGGAGAAUGUAAGAUCAGUAACAGCAGCAACACUGUUCAAUGUGAAUGUUCUGAAAACUGGAAGGGUGAAGCGUGUGACAUUCCUCACUGUGUAAAUAACUGUGGUUUUCCUCAUCGAGGCAUCUGCAAUUCAAGUGACGUCAGAGGGUGCUCCUGCUUCUCAGAGUGGCAGGGACCUGGAUGUUCAGUUCCUGUACCAGCUAACCAGUCAUUUUGGACGCGAGAGGAAUAUACUAACCUAAAGCUCCCCAGAGCCUCUCACAAAGCUGUGGUCAAUGGAAAUAUAAUGUGGAUUGUUGGAGGAUAUAUGUUCAACCACUCAGAUUACAACAUGGUUCUGGCGUAUGACCUUGCUUCUCGGGAGUGGCUUGCACUGAACAGUUCUGUGAACAGUGUAGUUGUUAGAUAUGGGCAUUCUUUAGCAUUAUACAAGGAUAAAAUCUACAUGUACGGAGGAAAAAUUGAUUCAACAGGGAAUGUGACCAAUGAGUUGAGAGUGUUUCAUAUUCAUAACGAAUCAUGGGUACUGUUGACCCCUAAAGCAAAAGAGCAGUAUGCGGUGGUCGGGCACUCGGCACACAUCGUCACGUUGACAAGUGGCCGAGUGGUCAUGCUGGUUAUCUUUGGUCACUGCCCUCUCUAUGGAUAUAUAAGCAAUGUGCAGGAAUAUGACUUGGAUAAGAACACGUGGAGUAUAUUAAAUACCCAGGGUGCCCUGGUCCAAGGCGGCUAUGGCCACAGCAGUGUCUUUGACCACAUUACCAGGGCCCUGUAUGUUCAUGGAGGCUACAAAGCUUUCAGCGCCAAUAAAUACCGACUUGCGGAUGAUCUCUACAGAUACAACGUGGACACCCAGAUGUGGACCAUUCUUAAGGACAGCCGGUUUUUCCGUUACUUGCACACAGCUGUGAUAGUGAGUGGAACCAUGCUGGUGUUUGGAGGAAACACACACAAUGACACGUCCAUGAGCCAUGGAGCUAAAUGCUUCUCUUCAGAUUUCAUGGCUUAUGACAUUGCUUGUGACCGAUGGUCAGUGCUUCCCAGACCUGAUCUGCACCAUGAUGUCAACAGAUUUGGCCAUUCAGCGGUCUUACACAACAGCACCAUGUAUGUAUUUGGUGGUUUCAAUAGUCUCCUCCUCAGUGACAUCCUGGUAUUCACCUCAGAAGAGUGUGAAGCACACCAGAGUGAAGCCGCUUGUCUAGCAGCAGGACCUGGCAUCCGGUGUGUGUGGGACACAGGGUCAUCUCAGUGUGUCUCCUGGGAGUUGGCGACUGAAGCACAGAGAGCAAAGUUAAACUCAGAAUGUUUUUUCAAAAGAACUCUUGACCAUGACAGAUGUGACCAGCACACGGAUUGUUACAGCUGCACGGCCAACACUAAUGACUGCCACUGGUGCAAUGACCAUUGUGUCCCUAUGAACCACAGCUGCACGGAAGGCCAGAUCUCCAUUGCCAAAUAUGAGAAUUGCCCAAAGGAUAACCCCAUGUACUACUGUAACAAGAAGACCAGCUGCAGGAGCUGUGCCCUGGACCAGAACUGCCAGUGGGAGCCCCGGAAUCAGGAGUGCAUUGCCCUGCCCGAAAAUAUCUGUGGCAUCGGCUGGCAUUUGGUUGGAAACUCAUGUUUGAAAAUUACUACUGCCAAGGAGAAUUACGACAAUGCAAAAUUGUCCUGCAGGAACCACAAUGCCUUUUUGGCUUCUCUUACAACCCAGAAGAAGGUGGAAUUUGUCCUUAAGCAGCUGCGAACCAUGCAGUCUUCUCAGAGCAUGUCCAAACUCACCUUAACCCCAUGGGUUGGCCUUCGGAAGAUUAAUGUGUCCUACUGGUGCUGGGAAGAUAUGUCCCCAUUCACAAAUAGUUUGCUACAGUGGAUGCCAUCUGAGCCCAGUGAUGCUGGAUUCUGUGGAAUCUUGUCAGAGCCCAGUAGUCGGGGCUUAAAGGCUGCAACCUGCAUCAACCCUCUCAACGGUAGUGUCUGUGAGAGGCCUGCGAACCACAGUGCCAAGCAGUGCCGGACGCCAUGUGCCUUGCGGACGGCGUGUGGAGAGUGUACCAGCGGCAGCUCGGAGUGCAUGUGGUGCAGCAACAUGAAGCAGUGUGUGGACUCCAAUGCCUAUGUGGCCUCCUUCCCCUUCGGCCAGUGCAUGGAGUGGUACACCAUGAGCAGCUGCCCCCCUGAAAAUUGUUCAGGCUACUGUACCUGUAGCCAUUGCUUGGAGCAACCAGGCUGUGGCUGGUGUACUGAUCCCAGCAAUACUGGCAAAGGGAAAUGCAUAGAGGGCUCCUAUAAAGGACCAGUGAAGAUGCCUUCUCAGGCCCCCUCAGGAAGUUCCUAUCCACAGCCCCUUCUCAAUUCCAGCAUGUGUCUGGAGGACAGCAGAUACAACUGGUCUUUCAUCCAUUGUCCAGCUUGCCAGUGCAACGGCCACAGCAAAUGCGUUAAUCAGAGUGUCUGUGAGAAGUGUGAGAACCUGACCACAGGCAGGCACUGUGAGACCUGCAUAUCUGGCUUCUAUGGUGAUCCCACCAACGGGGGAAAGUGUCAACCGUGCAAGUGCAACGGGCAUGCGUCACUGUGCAACACCAACACGGGCAAGUGCUUCUGCACCACCAAGGGCGUCAAGGGGGACGAGUGCCAGCUAUGUGAGGUAGAAAACCGAUACCAAGGAAACCCUCUCAAAGGAACAUGUUAUUAUACUCUUCUUAUUGACUAUCAGUUCACCUUUAGCCUAUCCCAGGAAGAUGAUCGCUAUUACACAGCCAUCAAUUUUGUGGCUACUCCUGAUGAACAAAACAGGGAUUUAGACAUGUUCAUCAAUGCCUCCAAGAACUUCAACCUCAACAUCACCUGGGCUGCCAGCUUCUCAGCUGGAACCCAGGCUGGAGAAGAGAUGCCAGUUGUUUCAAAAACCAACAUUAAGGAGUACAAAGAUAGCUUCUCUAAUGAGAAAUUUGAUUUUCGCAACCACCCAAAUAUCACUUUCUUUGUUUAUGUCAGCAAUUUCACCUGGCCCAUCAAAAUUCAGAUUGCCUUCUCCCAGCACAGCAAUUUUAUGGACCUGGUACAGUUCUUCGUGACUUUCUUCAGUUGUUUCCUCUCUUUGCUCCUGGUGGCUGCUGUGGUUUGGAAGAUCAAACAAAGUUGCUGGGCUUCCAGACGUAGAGAGCAACUUCUUCGAGAGAUGCAGCAGAUGGCCAGUCGUCCGUUUGCCUCUGUAAACGUUGCCUUGGAAACAGAUGAAGAGCCUCCUGAUCUUAUUGGGGGGAGUAUAAAGACUGUUCCCAAGCCCAUUGCCCUGGAGCCCUGUUUUGGAAACAAAGCAGCUGUCCUCUCUGUGUUUGUGAGGCUCCCCCGUGGCCUUGGUGGAAUCCCUCCUCCUGGGCAGUCUAGGUCUCGCAGUGGCCAGCGCCCUGGUGGACAUUUCUCAGCAGAUGCCAAUAGUGUACAAAGAGAAGUCGGGAGCGGUAAGGAACCGGAAGCAGCAGCCCCCUGCGCAGCCUGGGACCUGCAUUUGAUGCUGGGGCCAGGACUCUCCGUGAGCGAGCGAGGUGCGGCGAGCCAGAGCCGUCUGCAGGGAGGGAGCAGGCAGGGAGACUCUGUGUGGGGCAGAAGACUGGAAACCCUCAAAACAUCCACCUCAUCUGCAUGUUCACAAGCUUUCUUUGACGGUUUCUCCCAUCUGUGCUCCAGCAUCUAACCUUUUACUUUCACAUAGGAAAUAACUGAUUUAGUUCCAGGUCCAGGGGCGACCCAGUUGUUGGAGGAGGAGGCUGGUGCAGAGCAAAUGAGAGAGCUAGGAUCACACUCAGGUUCACUUGUGGAAGACUGUUCUUGGGAUUGUGUCAACUGUGCAGAACACAAAAGAUGUCGUGUUUACGAGUAGACCUUUGUCAUCAGUCAUUCUCGAACGUGGUCUUUUAAAAAUUAGUCAGAUGAAGUAACUUGUUUUCAUCUGAAGCCUGCUAUCUUUUUUAAAAGAUGUGCUAUUUAUUCUUGCACGAUUUAGGCAAAUAUCUGUCUUCCAGGGAGUAGCUUUUUUCUAGCUGAGAAUUAAUAAUGGUCCAUUCUUUUGAAUCAUAAGAUAGAAGGGGGCUAUUUUCAAUGUCAAGGUCAACAAUGUUACUUAGAAUGUAAACCGAUGUAAUGGGUAGUUUUCUGUAGCAACUCGAUUAGUCUUAAUCCAUUUGAAAUUCUCUUUCUCCUCUCUCUCCCUCCCCCCUCCCCCUCUCCUCACAGACACACACACACACUAAGUGCCUAGACUUUAAGUAGAUCUAGCAAUUGGAAGGUUAGUAAGCAUAAGUUUUUACAUAAUUGCAUUCUGACAUUGUUAUAAAACGUAAAUGGCUAUCAUUGGCAAUCUGCUCUUUUUCUAAAAUCUAAUUUGCAGCCAGGGAAGAAUUCUCUCACCCCAAGAAACAUUUAACGUAGCAGCAGGAUUGAGAGGAAAGCAGAAAUGACGUGACUGCGAAAGCUCCUGUUUUCAUGGUUGUCAAAAAGGACCCUAAAUAAGGCGUGUUCCCGCAGGCCCUCCCUGCGCCUGGUCAUUCUAGGCCUGACGUUUGCUUCAGCCCUUCUGGCCACUCCUGCCAGGGCACCACAGGAGAAGGGACUUGUUCAUGUUACGUGUCCCCCUUGAACAGAAAAGAGCACGACGGUAGUUGGGACCCCUGAAUCAGCGGGCGACUCUGUUCCUGUAGCCUGCUUGAGCUGGCGGGUCACUCUAGGGCUGCAGGUCGAGUCAUAUGCCGGGAGAGGCUCGGGCUCCUGUUGUCAAAGCCUGGAAAAGGACCUGGAGCCGUUUGCCCUCUUUCCUCCAGACGGUGGCUGUGGGAGGGCAGUGAACGCGGACAAGGAUGAAAAGCACAUGGGGAAAAUGGACAAGGAGGGGAAACUCUGCCAAACGGAAAGGGACCAAAUGUAAGGGGGGUCUGGCAGUCCCUGCCCUUCUCAGGGCCCUGCUGGAUGUUGCGUCGUCCCUGUCCAUGGUGCUCUGUCCUCUGGUGUUACGCAGCAGCCUCCCAAGACCUCUCUUCUGCUUCAGAACCUGGGCUUUCUGGCGUUGCCCUGCCGGGAUAGAGCUUUAGACAGCAGUGCUCGAGUCUGUGAAUUUGGAGAAGUGAAUACUCAAAAGAGCAAACACUGCAGCACCCCACCUGUACAUGCAGAGCCCAGAGAGGGAGCCUUCUCGCUCCCACAGCACUAGCUCCGCUCCCAUGAAGAAGGGCCUGGAAAGAGGUUUUCAAGGAUGUUGAACCAUAAAACACUGUCUGAUGCACAAAACACCUCUACUUUGAGACUUGCCUCUCAAAAUGCUGCUUUUUCACAUCACUGUUAGAGAGCAGAAAGUUCUAGAAAAGACUCCUCCUCUUAAAAGCGCCCCACAUCCCUGCUCCAGAUCACAGCACCCACGGAGAGCCUACCAAGGGACAGGCCCUUCACCCCUGUAGUUACCACAAGGCCACUGGAGGGGGACCCUCCCACAAGGGACGUCCUUGUUUGUUAAAGGAUUAGUGUUUCCUUGGCAAAGAAGCCUCUUCCCUACCGGAGUCCCAUGCCUUGAAAUGAUAUGCACCGUGUCCCAUAACUACCUGGUUAUUGUCUUUUUUCUAAAAGAUAAUUUUAUUUUUUAAAAGAAAGGAAGGAGCAAGUGAAGUUUCAUUCUGCUCCAAUAGUGGAGAAACAGCUGGAUCCACCUGCUUUUCCUUUGCAGCCAGUAGUAAACGGCUUCCUCCAGGCUCAGGCCAGAAGAAGGGAGCAGCAGGAGAAAGAGGCACUCAGCUCAGAGCCACUUACCAAGAGGAAGUCAUCUGGAACUUCAGAGAAAUGCCUGCAUGUCACGCGAGAGCCUGUAUGUAAAUUAAAAUAGUUACGAAAACAUCGAUACUGCACUUGUACAUAACUAUACAGUAGUGUCUGAAUGCCCAGACAUUCGGAGUGUACAUAAAACAGAAAAAUAUCUUAAUGUAUUUUUAUUAAACGUAAUGGUAUCUGAGUUUCACCUAAUAUGUGUUCGUGCCACACGCUGGAUAUCCAGAUUCAGAGAAUUCCUCUCGUUAUGCCCUGAUACAGUGGUCACAAAGCCAAGAAAGGCAUCCCCCUGUGCCCGUGUGUCAAGCACACCUGGGACCAAUCGGAUAACUUUUAAAGCAGGACCAUCUGUCAGUGCACGUAUGCAGGCGGUGUGGAAAGAGACGGUGGCAGCAGGAACAUCUCUGUCCCCAGCAUUGGCUCUGCAAGUGCGUGGUGAAUCUCCCAGUCGGCCUCUUGGUGCUGUGGGUUGCCAGGGAGGACCAAUGUCACCCUGAGAAAUGUUUCUCUUAGUCUUUAGAUUCGAAGACUGUACCUAUAGAUAGCAGAUUUUCCAAAAAGGGGUUUUCCAGGCUGCAUUUUGUUGUGGUUUUUGUCUAAAUUUUUAACAACCAUUUCCCAGGACCAUAGUUUACUGAAAACUGGGAGUGGGAGUGGGUGGCCGCUUUGUUGUUAAUCAGCUCCUGUUUCCCAUGGAGACCUCACCCUUUCCUUCUGCCCUUCCCCACACAGUUUGGGGAGAAGUCCAUGCUUCCCUGUGAGGAUCACCUCUAAAUGUGGGAGGAGAUGGGGGGAGAAGGCAGCCCAUGCUCCCCUGAGCUGACCUGGAGGAAAGCAGCCCGGGACAAGGACUGCUGGCAAAAGGAAAAUACGGCAGCAUCUGUGGGUGAGGUCUGAGGUGCGAGAUUGGAGAUGUCCCAGGAAAUCUGGGGCAAAUGGAAAGACACAUUUUACCAUUCAGUGCAAAUCUUGCUCCUUCGAUGUAAUAGAGUGUAUUUAGAGAGGAGGUGGGAGCGAGUCACUUCCUUGGGUGGUGGUAUCAUUUUCAUGAACACCUUUGAUCCUUAGGUUUCAUCCAUUCAUUCAACAAAUAUUCACUAAGCACUUACUAACAACCUAAGCUAAUGCUAGGGCAACGUCCAAGGUGGAAGAACAGCUCUUCAGAAUUACAGCAGAAUUCAGCUCCUCAAACCUGUCAACCCAGGAGACCUUUCCUCGUGGUUUCUGUGAGAAUUGGCCACCUGAGGACAAACCCAGGAAAGCAGAGUCUGCCUGUCUCGGGCUAUGCACCGGCUCUCAGUCUGAAAUGUUUACCCGGUUUACCAAAUGGCUCAAAACCAUACAGCCGUUUUUAUGGCUCAAACCAUAAAAACCACCGUGAUGGUUCAUAGACAGCCACGCCCACCAAGAGACAUUUCCCAAGUUGUCCAAAUUCAUAAACACGCUCGCCUGCAGGGAGAUGGUCUGGAGCAGAGAGGAAAACUGGCGCCUUCUCUUUCAAAGGCAAUAAUGGAAUCGACUUUCAGUAACUGAAUUUGUGCACAAAGCAUUCUAAACACUAGUGACGCCUGUUUUGUUGAACUAAUUCUGGCUCUGGAAAUGUUUUUGUUUUAUAGUUAUUUACAGUUUUGUUUUGGGGUUUUUUGUUUUGGAUUCAAGCUUAGUUUGUUAAUAUGUAUAAUUUAGCAUCUAUUGCACUCAUGUAAAUAUGGAGUAAGUAUUGUAAACUAUUUCAUUGCUGGGGAUUGUGGGUGUUAUACAUACAUUUAGGACUGCAAUUUUUUGGUAUUUUUUGUAUUGUAAAAUAACAGCUAAUUUAAGCAGGAACAAGAGAAUUAAGGGAGGUCUGUGCAUUUUAAAACACAAAUGUGAAGAACUUGUAUAUAAACAAAAGUAAAUACUAUAAUACAAACUUCCUUCUGAAAUAAAAGUAGAUCUGAUAAAAAUG